AGUGGCAGGACCUGGAUGAUGCUCAGAGGAACCUAUACAGGGACGUGAUGCUGGAGACCUACAGCAGCCUGGUGUCCUUGGGGCACAGAAAUCCUAAACCUGAGGUGAUCGUCAAGCUGGAACAAGGGAGACAGCCAUGGAUGGGAGAAGGCCCCCCAAGUCAGACUUUCUCAGGGCACUGCACCCCCAGCCCAGAGGAGACCAUCAAACUGGAGCAGGGAGCACAGCCAUGGAUGGGAGAAGAACCCCCAAGCCAGACCCUUUCAGAGGUGGAAGAGUCGCAAGGAGGACGCUGGCGACCCCAGAAAUGGAAUUAGUGACAUUCAGAGAUGUCGCCGUUGAUUUCUCUCCAGAGGAAUGGGAAUGCCUAGACCCUGCUCAGUGGAAUUUAUAUAGGGAUGUGAUGUUGGAGAACUACAGAAACCUGGUCUUCCUGGGUCUUGCUGUUUCUAAGCCAUAUCUGGUCACCUUUCUGGAGCAAAGGAAGGAGCUUUGGAAUGUGGAGAGAGAAGAGAUAGUAGCCAUUUACUCAGCUGUAUCUUCUCAUUAUACCCAAGACUUUUCAGGAGAGCAGUGCAUAAAAUAUUUAUUCCAGAAUAUGAUAAAGAGAAGACAUGGAAAUUGUAGCCUUGACAAUAUAUACUUAAGGAAUAAAGGGGAAAGUAUUGGUAAGAGUGAAAGUUGGAAUAUAUAUUAUGCUGGACAAAAUCAAUCUGUAAUACCUGUCCAAAACAAAAACUUCUUUGUUAAUGGAGAUGAAGAACGUACAUCACCUCAGAAAAUAUCUCAGUUUAUUCCAGUUACUGCUGAAGAGCCAAGUGUUUGUAUAAGUGAGUAUCCACACCAAUUUCUGAAACAUAACUUUCCUCUGAAAGGAAAUUUAGAGAAUCUGAAAAGGGGCCUACUUCAUGCUACUGGGUUAAACUUUAACUUGAACAUUUCUAUAGACAAUGGAUUUAAAAAUGAAGAAAUAUCUAAAUGUGAUCAGUUUGAGAAUUCUUUUAGAAAAAGCUCACCUUGCAAACAAGAAACAAUUUCUCCUUUUGUCAAAACACAGAAUUGUAAUGAAUAUGAGAUCUUUACUUACCCAUUAUUGAUUAAUCCAAAUGCAGAUAUAGAUGUCUGGAAAAUACACUACAUUCAUAAUGAAACUAGGAAGACCCAUAGCCAGGGGUCUACUCUAAAUAAUUAUCUGAAUACUUAUAUUGAUAAGAAAAUAUAUGAAUGUGAUGAAAAUCAUGAAAAUUUUAUCUGUGGCUCAAAUCUUUGGAAACAUGAGUGGACUUGUUUCCCAAAGAAUCUUUAUCAAGAUAAAAAACAUGGAAAAAUCUUUAAAUACUCCAAUAUUGCUACCUUUCCAAGUAUUCAUAUUCAAGACAAGACUUACAAAUAUAAAAAAUGUGCCAAAGCUUUUAAUCAACAUCAGAAAAUUCAUCCUGGAGAAAAACCCUACAGAUGUAAAGAAUGUGGCAAAGCCUUUACCCAGGAUUCAAGGCUUAAACAACACCUGCAAAUUCAUAGGGUUGGAGAGAAACCUUACAAAUAUAAAGAGUGUGGCAAAGCUUUUAAUCAGAACUCAGAACUUACUCAAAAUGAGAGAAUUUAUACUGGAGACCAGCCCUACAAAUGUAAAGAAUGUGGGAAAACCUUUACCCAAGAUUCAAGGCUCAAACAACACUUGAGAAUUCAUAACACUGGAGAGAAACCCUACAAAUGUAAAGAAUGUGGCAAAACUUUUAAUCAGACCUCAGGUCUUUCUCGACAUCAAAGGAUCCAUACUGGAGAGAAACCUUACAAGUGUAAGGAAUGUGGCAAAGCUUUUGCCCAGGAUUCAAGCCUUCGACAACACCAGAGAAUUCAUACUGGAGAAAAACCAUACAAAUGUAAUGAAUGUGGCAAAACUUUUAAUCAAAUCUCAGUUCUUACCCGACAUCAUAGUAUUCAUACUGGAGAGAAACCCUACAAAUGUAAAGAAUGUGGCAAAGCCUUUAACAGGCUCUCAUAUGUUGCACAGCAUUACAGAAUUCAUACUGGGGAGAAACCCUACAAAUGUAAUGAAUGUGGCAAAGCGUUUACUCUGUAUUCUAGCCUUAGAAACCACCUAGGAAUUCAUAAUACUGGAGAGAAACCCUACAAAUGUAAAGAAUGUGGCAAAGCUUUUAAUCAAAUUGCAAACCUUUCUGUACAUAAAAGAAUUCAUACAGGAGAAAAACCCUACAAAUGUAAAGAAUGUGGCAAAGCCUUUAAUGUUCGUUCAAACCUUACUCAACAUCAGAAACAUCAUACCGGAGAGAGACCCUACCGAUGUAAAGAAUGUGGCAAGUCCUUUAUUCAAAUUUCAAACCUUAUUCAACACCGGAGAAUUCAUAUAGGGGGGAAACCCUACAAAUGCAAAGAAUGUGGCAAAGCUUUUAAUCAAAGCUCAAACCUCAUUCGUCACCAGAUAAUUCACUUAGGAGAGAAACCCUACAGAUGUAAACAGUGCGGCAAAGCCUUUAAUGGUUCUUCAAAUCUUACUCUCCAUCAGAGAGUUCAUACUGGAGACAAACCGUACAAAUGUAAAGAAUGUGGCAAAGCAUUUAAACGAGUCUCAAGUGUUACUGUACACCAGAGAAUACAUACUGGAGAGAAACCCUACAAGUGUAAAGAAUGUGUGAAAGCCUUUAGUGAUUGUUCUGCCCUUAUCCAACACAAGAGAAUUCAUACUGGUGAGAAACGAUACAAAUGUAAAGAAUGUGGUGAGGGCUUUAAUAAGAGUUCCCGACUUACUAUGCAUCAGAGAAUUCAUAAUGGAGGGAAACUGUACAAUUGCAAAGAGUGUGGCAAAGUCUUUAAUGAUUGUUCAACUCUUACUAACCAUCACAGUAUUCAUACUGGAGAGAGACCCUACAAAUGUAAAGAAUGUGGCAAAGCCUUUAAUGAUCGUUCAACUCUUGCUCAGCACCAUAGAAUUCAUACUGGAGAGAGACCAUACAAAUGUAAAGAAUGUGGCAAAGCUUUUACUCAAAGCUCACACCUUACUCGACACCAGAGAAUUCAUACUGGAGAGAAACCCUAUAAAUGUAAAAUAUGUGGCAAAGCUUUUAAUCAAAGCUCAAACCUUACACAACAUCAGAAUAUUCAUAGUGAGGAUAAACUAUAAAAAUGUAAAGGAAGCAGCUCAUGUAAUGACUGUGGGAAGACCUUUGUCCAAAAUAUACUUGUCAGAGUACCAGAGAAUACAUAUAUUUCAUAGAGAAGAAAGCCUUCAUAAAGGUAAAGAGUGAACAAAGCCUAACUCAUGCCUCAGCUUGAUGUAAAUAAGAGAAUCCUUAAUCAAGAGAAAUACUAUAAGUAUAGAAAUAUGGCAUAUUCUUCAACUUUUGCUUAAAAUUUACUGGACAUUAUUGAUGUGUAGAAAAAAAUCUUCCUAGGAUAUCAGAGAAUAAUGCAGAAAACUUAUCUCUGAAAGAAAUUUAUUGUAAAUUCCAAUUUACAGAAUAUCCUUUUGGAACCUGGAGAAAUCACAACUAUCAAUAAAUCAUACUUUGAAGAACAGGACUUAUCUUGAGUUUUUAAUCUAUACUUUAA